ACAGUGGUACGCGGCAGCAGCAUGUGAGGUCAGAAAAAGGCUUACAGUUUCCGUGUGACCCGCAUACAUAUCGCAUCAAUGCUACGUAAAUUAAUUUUUCUGGCUAAUAAUAUCGCGAGAAGCCACACGCACACAUCGACUGUCAAUGAUCGCACAAUGAUUUAGAAUUCUCGGUAUUUUCACAACUUAAUUGUCACGAUUUUCCACGAUUUAUCGGCCCCCACACUCAGAUAACAAACAUCUUCCAAAGAUCGGCGUGACGUGCCAAGUUUCACGACCGGUUAACAAUUUUAUGUUGUUUACACGGAUUUCAAAGUGUUACGAAAUAAUUAUCGAUAUUUUGUUGCUCAUGUAAACAUUUUAUAUUUAGCCGAUAGAACGGUCAUUUCUCCAAUUGAUUUUUGAUCCAUUAACGAUUCUAUCGGAGAAAGUGAACGAAUUAUGUCGAUUUCGAUUGUAAUCACGAUAACAACAACGAUGAUAAUAGCGAUGAUGAUAAUAAUUGGAAAUUGCGAAACUUAUGGGAAGGAUUACGAAAGGAUGCCGCGAUUGCUCGAUGUUUUUCGUCAUUUCCGACAAUCGAAGGAAUCCCAAGAGAAUCGAGGAUAUAUCGAGCAAUGCCGUGCCACGAAUUUACGAAAAGAUCAAUUGGGGCAUGUUAAUGUGUUCGCGUUUUUGGAUCCCUCGUGGAAUUACAGUUAUAGGCAAGCCGUCAUGUUGGAAUUAUUAAAGAAGCAAUUAGAAAAAUCUGGAUUUUCAAAUAUUUUGCUCUUCAUGGUUGCACGACCGUCAGAUUUGCCGGAAGAUGACACAGAGAAUAGUAUGGAGAUAAAAGCGUGGUUGGAAAUAUCUAAAAAUAUACAGGAAUCCGAACACUUUUUGAGCUUGGAUAAAAUGAUAUUUAGUGAUGUUGCAAAGGAAAAGAAAGGCAUUAUUUUUCUUCAAGAUACUUUCGAAUUAGGUAUUUGGAAAAGUUUUCGUGCUUCGAAAGAUGAAGUAAUAAUUAUUGAUAGUUGCGGAAAAAUAACUUAUCAGAUUAUUGUACCUUGGAGUAUACUCUAUUUUCCUUAUGUUAAAGCAGCCAUACUUUCUACAUAUAAAGAUGAUCCAUGUGGUCCUUGUUAUGAACAAUCAUCAACAAUACGCGAAUCGAUAGAUUAUAAAGAUUAUCUUUUAAAAACUAUAAAUUCAGAAAAUAAAAAGAUAAAUAAAAAUCUUGAUAUACAACCAGAAGUAUUUACUGACGUAACUAUGUCUGUCGAACAAUCAAAAAGAAUUGAAAAUGAUAAAUAUACGAGCACUAUCAUUCCUUUCAAUGCAAAUAAUUAUAAAAUUACAACUUAUGAUAUUACAACUAAAGUGCCAAUAAUUCAAACGACAGAAAUUCCAGAAAAUAUGAAAAAAAAUGACAAUGUAGGAAAAAACAAUUUUUUAACAGAUAAGAAUUUUAAAAUAACUUCUGAAAUAUCGUAUGAACAAAAACAAACUCAGAUAUCAACUACACGUAUAAUAUCGAACUUCGAAACGACAGAAGCCUAUAAAGAAACACAAGAUUGCAAUUUUUCAAAUAAACAUAUAAGUGGAAAUAAUCAUUCGUAUCCCACAACGAACGAUUUAAAUACUAAUUUAUCAAGACAUCUUGAAGAACAUCAAAUUAAAUCGGAAAAUAUAUUAAAAGAUACAAAAAUAGAAAAACAAAAAGUAAACAAAAGUACUAAGUAUGAAGAAUUACAAAUUCAAAAAGACGAAAGUUUACCUUUACGUAUCAUAUUGUAUGCUCCGCAUUUGCAUGAAGAAAAUGGAACAUUCAAAAAAUAUACACAUUUAGUUUUGAAAACAGAAAGUCCUGAUUACCAUGAUCAUUUUAAUAGUAAGAUUUCAACUUCUAAUCAAAAGCCAACAGUAUUGAAAACAUCAGAUUCAAUGAUGUUAGAUGAUAAAAAAUUAGCUGAAUACGUAAGUAGCGUAAAUGAAAGUCCAGGAGUAUAUGGAGAAAUCGCAGAUUAUUGGCAAACUAUUGAUGACGAUGAAUUCAAUAAUAAAAAUGAAAAUAUUGAAUUUACAGAUUAUGAUUAUGUUACGGCAGAGGAUACAGAAAAUAAUGUUAGUAAUACUUUUGAUAAUGAAAGCACCUUAUUAAGACCAAACAAUAUAAUUGAUUCAGAUAUGAGUAUUAAAAAUAACGAUGAUUUAGAUGAUUUUAUACAACGAAGAUUAAUCGAACAUUAUAAUAAAUUAUUAACAUGGAUUUAUUAUAUUCUUUAAUAAG